AUGAGUCGGGCAAAGUCACUUAGUAGCAUGACCUGCAUUGAUCAGCGACAUAUCGGGUUGGGCAAUAUCCGCGAAAGAGUGGCCGCUUACAACCGUGAGCAUCACACCAGCUGGAUGAAGGGCUGGCUGCAGAGGCCCAACCUCUCGUGUCAGCGUGACGAAUUCCCACCAGCCGCAAUCUGGCAAGCUCGCGACAAGAGGGUCUGGAUUCGCCUUUUGCCGGGAACCAUGAAUGGAUCGGCAGGACAGCUCUUCAAAGGGUGCCUUGAUAAGGUCAAGCUGAGCAUCCUCGGUGUUAACAGGGGACCCCCUGUCAAGUUUAAGAACAUGCCAGCCAUCGACGAUGCUGGGCUGACGGAGAAUCCCUGCUGGCCGUCCACUCUCGUCGACGAUCCUGGUUUUGCGCUCAACGCCAAUGACCCCUGGUACCAUGAGUCUUCCAACAGGGGUAGGAGAGUAUACAAAAAAUAUUACCCCAACCCCCCGGAGGCCCAGUUUACCCAAGGCAAGGUCAACAAGUCGGGUUGGGGAAAAUGGGACGAGCACGGCGUGAUGAUGGGCAUGAUGGACCCCGACGAUGUCUACGUGGACGAGGGUAACUCGUCUCGUCGCAUCACAGAGGAAGAGCUGUUGGAUGAUCUUGGCAUGCUGAGAUGUUUAGGGGACUGUUCUGCGGAGAUGGCCGACCUUGGUAUUGCGUCUCUGCCCGUGUCACAAAUUGCUCCUACCCCGACACCCCAAAGCGUCGAGGCGGAAACGACUCCAGCUUUUGCCCGCCGAGCGACAUCCACGGCCCUUUCCAAGGUCUUGGAUGCUGUUAUCUCAACUGCCACUGUUGCAGUUGGUGCCAUGAUUACCGAAAUGGCCGAAUAUGCUGCCCCAGAUGACACCAAGGAUGGAUGGGCAACAGAUCUAGCCAUUUGGUAG